AUGAACCGUGAUAGCAACAACACCCAGCGCAACAAGCUCACCGGUGAGCAGGUCUCCUCGCACAACAGCAGUGACUCUUGCUGGGUCAUUGUCCACGGCCGUGCCUACGAUGUCACCGAAUUCCUGCCUGAGCACCCCGGCGGCUCCAAGAUCAUCUUGAAGUAUGCCGGCAAAGACGCCACCGAGGCCUACGAGCCCAUUCACCCGCCCGACACGCUCGACAAGUACCUCGACAAGUCAAAGCACCUGGGCGAGGUCGACAUGGCGACGGUGCAGCAAGAGGCCAAGGAAUUCGAUCCCUACGAGGAGGAGAGGCAGAAGCGCAUUGCGCGUAUGCCCAUUCUCGAGCAAUGCUACAACCUCAUGGACUUUGAGGCCGUCGCCCGUAACGUCAUGAAGAAGUCGGCAUGGGCGUACUACUCGAGCGGUGCUGACGACGAGAUUACAAUGCGCGAGAACCACAGCGCAUUCCACAAGAUCUGGUUCCGACCACGCGUCCUCGUCGAUGUUGAGAAGGUCGACAUCUCCACCACAAUGCUCGGCACAAAGUGCGACAUACCCUUCUACGUCACCGCCACCGCACUGGGAAAGCUCGGUAACCCAGAAGGAGAGGUCGUCCUAACGCGCAGCGCACACAAGCACAACGUGAUUCAGAUGAUUCCUACAUUGGCAUCGUGCUCGUUUGAUGAGAUUGUCGAUGCGGCAAAAGACGGUCAAUGCCAAUGGCUCCAACUCUACGUCAACAAGGACCGCGAAGUCACCAAGCGCAUCGUGCAGCAUGCCGAGAGGCGAGGCUGCAAAGGUCUCUUCAUCACUGUUGAUGCUCCACAGCUCGGUCGCCGCGAGAAAGACAUGCGAAGCAAGUUUGACGACGUUGGCAGCAAUGUCCAGAGCACCGGCGGCGACAAUGUGGACCGCAGUCAAGGCGCUGCACGGGCCAUCUCGUCCUUCAUUGACCCGAGCCUGAGCUGGAAGGACAUCCCGUGGUUCAAGAGCAUCACCAAGAUGCCUAUCAUUCUCAAGGGUGUGCAAUGCGUCGAAGAUGUGAUCCGAGCCGUCGAGAUUGGCGUAGAGGGCGUUGUCCUCUCCAACCAUGGUGGUCGUCAGCUCGAGUUCGCCCGCUCUGGUGUAGAGGUUCUCGCUGAAGUCAUGCCAGUUCUUCGCGCACGCGGAUGGCAAGACCGCAUCGAGGUAUACAUUGAUGGUGGUGUGCGACGAGCAACGGACAUCAUCAAGGCUGUAGCGCUGGGUGCCAAGGGCGUUGGCAUUGGUCGGCCUUUCCUUUACGCCAUGUCGGCGUAUGGUCUCCCAGGAGUUGAUCGCGCCAUGCAAUUGUUGAAGGAUGAAAUGGAAAUGAACAUGCGCCUGAUUGGGGCUUCAAGCAUUGCCGACUUGAAUCCUUCCAUGCUUGACACUAGGGGACUGAGCAUGCACACGGCACCUGUGCCACAAGACACGCUGGGCUUGAACGUGUACGAUCCGCUUGUCGGGCCAAAAGAAAAAGUCGUCAGAGAACAGUCAAAAUUGUAG